UAUUGCCCAUGGAUCAGCUCCACCCCGGGCAAGGGCAGAGCUGGAGCGGAGAUAGUGGAUCUUCAGUAUCAAUUGCAGGUUCAAAGCCAAAAAGACAAUAGUGGUCAAGGCCAGCGGGACCUCUUGAUAAAGCUACAACCAAAGCUCACGGAGUAUAAUAACCUGAUCCUUCAACUGUCGGAAUUAUCUCAACUACAAUUCCCAAGGACAUCGCAGCUCGAGACUCUCCAAGACUGGCUAACGGACCCCAAAGGAGGUGCUAACUUCCUCACGAAAACCGGUACUCCGGAACUUUACACCUGGAAACCAAAGGACCCGUCUCAGUACGUUUCCUUACACAAGCCGGCUGAGGACUCUGAUCCAUUUACCAACUUUGUAAAAGAGGUCCUUACAUUCAUCUUCCACCGGUUGUGUGGCGAGAGACUGAAUGCUGCCAGGGUAGUUGACGUCGAGUCCGGGUUGGCCUCAUACUCCGAUUCCAGCCUCGUGAGAGCAAGCAAUCUAUUCACGGUUAUUGUGUCGUCAGCACUGCCAGUUCUUACGAUAUUUGCACUUAAUAGCCUUGAGACAACAGCUCAGAGGAUUGGCCUCACUGUGGUCUUUACUGUUCUUUUUGCGGUCAUCCUGGAGCUGUUCACAAACGCAAAGAGGGUUGAGAUUUUUGCCGCAACGGCUACAUUUGCUGCUGUUGAAGUGGUAUUCAUUGGGAGUGCAUUAAAUAGCAACUAUCUGCUUAAGGUUAUGGGUAGUCGAGUUGGACUUGGUGGAAUUCUCGUCGGCGAAGAUGAAGCAACAGAGCAUGUUUUCCCACAUGACCCUACCACCCGACAAACUCGCUACGCAACUCUUCCAGCGACUGACUGCUUAAUGGGGCCAAGAACUGGUCAAGCCUACUCGUUUGAAGUCACUGCCUUGCCUGAGCUCGAAUUUCCUCUUGGCUGCGAUAUCUUUGUCCCGCGCCGUCGAGUCACUAUACCGGAUGGCACCACCAAGGUUGAGUCGUUGGUGUCCGCCGACUUGUCGCAAGUGGAGAAUGCAUCGGACGAGAAGUUUGAAUCGGACAUGGAGAAAAUGGGAGACAUGGGCAUCAUCAAGGACGUUACGGUCACCACUCACCAGGACGCUGUCGAAGUUGACGAUAUUUACACCGAUGGACUACGCUUUAAAAUCACAUUCUCAUCGGAUUUGCUACGAUUGUCACAACCAAUCUUGAACUCCGAAGCGUCGACUUAUAUUCACCAGCGUAUGAUGCGUGUAGACGAUGGUGUUAGAUCUGAUGUGACUGGUUUCAGUAAUAAUAGAGCACCGGAAAUGUCACCAUUCGAGAUCACUGCUUCUGGUAAACGACUGUUUUAG